AUGCCUACUGAAGACAAAUCAACAAUACGUCGAACUCAAUCCAACGAAUCACUGGGACAUCCAAGGAAUUCGACUUCUCAUUUAUCCCCAGCGCCUGGUUUUGUGAACAACCCUGACCUUUCGACAAGGUCCCCGGACCCGGGCAAACUUAAAGCAUCAGAGUUAGACGAUGGACCGUAUACAGGCAAGUCACAAAGCCUAGACUACCACGAGCGCGUGCCGGCCACAGAAUCGCUCUUCGGCACAGGUAAGGGAAUUGCCGGGGUUGUCAGCACUCGUCUCGGGUCCACUAGAACAGAUCUUCCUACCAGACCAGAUAAUGGCAGGAAUAUACUGCAUGAAAGGCGUACCAAUGCCCUGGACGGUCAGCUGCUCGCCGAUUCGAAAAGUCGACAAGAUGGUUCGAGAAUCGAGUCUGAAUUCGGACUUCUGUCGUUGGAGGGGUCGCACAAUGUGACUACGCCACCACCGGAGUGGGGCUCCCUGGAAACAGCAUCUUCAGAAGUGAUCAAGGCUCGGACCAUGCGUGCAAGCAAAUUGCUGGCUGGGCUGGAGAACUCGGUGGAAAGAAUUCCGAUCCAUCUCCUGCCCUCAGAUCGCAACCUAGUCCGCUACUUCGCCGUGAAUGCUGGCUCUUUUCUCGGCUUGGAUAGAUUUCCAGAGAUCGAGGAAAAGUUCGAUCCAGUGUAUAACUUCAUUUUCCCGUUCGCCUCUUCAAGCCAAUGGUGUUUUGAAACAAUAGUGCUAUUGGGAAGUGCCUAUCAUCAUCACAAGCAUGUGCACCCAGGCGAAGAUGACACGUUCGACUCGGAAAACCACUACCUUGCAGCUCGACAAAAUGUAAUACUCGCACAGACAAGGUCAAGAAUCUCGGCCUUGACUAGUCGAUGUGACUCGACUGAUUUUGACGUGGUGGCAUUCCUCUUCUUGGCGCUUGGUGAGUAUUGUUAUGGUGAUAGGGAAAUUGGUCGGAUGCAUUUUCACGCCUGGACAGACUAUUGUGAGAUGCGAAGGAAGUUCAACGCGCCACCUUGUGGACUGCCAUGCAAGAUAGUCGUGUGGUGGUGUGUUUCCAUGCUGGUGGAAGAUGAUGUGACUCUGGAUUCGAUCAUUGAUUCGCCAACCAAGACCAGGGUGCGAAAGGAUCCAGCAAAGUUGUUCCGGUACUUCAUGAGUACUACUGGCGUCGAUUUGACAAAGACAAGCACUGAAAGCCAAGUGCGGAGGUUGGAUCGAAGAUUGACGAAUUGA